AUCACCAUCGUCGCUUUUGGUCGCUCACCGACUCAUGGAUUCCUCCUCCGAUUCCACCGUCUCCUCUUCCGAUCUCGAAUCGGGGUGCCCCCCUCCACCCACGGACGUCCUCUUCCGCUGCCCUCGGAGGCUGCCCUCCUCGUCUUCCAGGUUCUUCUGUGACGGGUUCGACGACGAGCAGACGACCCACUUCCUCGACGCUUGCUUCCUGUGCCGCCGUCCUCUGGCCGGCAAUCGCGACAUCUUCAUGUACAGAGGAGAUUUGCCGUUCUGCAGCAAGGAGUGCCGGCAGGAGCAGAUCGAGAUGGACGAGAGAAAGGAGAUCAGGGUGAAACGGAAGAUCGUUCGCAGGCCUUCCUCCCAGCCCGUGGAAUCCAACAGAGGCGAAAGCCCGCCCAAACCUCGCAAAACCGUCGCCGCCGCCGUGUGACGGCCGAUUGAGCUUGGAUUCCUCGUAUUUAACGCCGGCGGAAGAGCAAGAUCAGGGCAUCAAGCACUGUGUAA